AUUAUAUCUUUUAUGUGGUGCCCAGAACAAGUUAGCCCUAUGGAAAUUGAUAAUACUGUUAAUGAUGAUAUUAGUGUUUUUGAUGGUUUUGAAACCAAAGAAAGCUUCGCAAAGAUGGACCAAGUUCUUGGUGUUAUCGCUGUGGUUGGACAAGCUUCGAGACAUUUUGACCCAUUAGUAACUAACAUUAUAGAAUUAACUAAAAGUACUCUCGAUAUAUAUGAAAAUGUGCAAUUUAAUAAGAAAAUUUGUGAUUGUUUAAUUGAUCGGGUUGAAUCUGUUGAGAUGGCUAUUAAGUCAUUAAAACGGCAUAAAGAAGAAAAUGCCAGGUAUUUCUUUAAUCAAACCACCUAUAAUACCUUUCACCAACUUAUCGUUGUUCUCGAAAAGAUGCAGCAAUAUAUAACGGAUGUAUCGCAACUUCAUGGAUUGCGAAAGUUUACGAAUAUAAUGGAUAUAAAAAAACAAUUUGAAGAAUUAACUGUAGAAUUUGAUAUGAUAGUUAGCACUUUACAACUUAAAAUGGCUUUUUCUGAAAAAGAGCAAUCAAUAAGAGAUAAAGCUGCGAUAGAAGAUGACAUUAAUACAACGACGAAGUUUUUAAGCAAUGUAAAAAGUGGAAUAACUCGGGAUAUUGCACAAGAUGAUACCACACCUUUAAAACCACCACAAAUUAGUGAUAUUUUUGAUGAAAUAAUAAAAAAAAAAAAUUUUGUCACUGAGACCAAUAAGACAACUAAAUUCAAAGCGAAAAUUAUACCAUCUGACAAAAUAAUAAAUCCUGAUGGACCAAGUAAAGGAAACGUUCACAGGAUGCAAUAUGAGGAUAAAUUUGUUGCGUGUUCUAAUCCAAUUCAACGAGAUUUCACAAAGAUAAUUAGAGCAGCAUGGCAAGAUGAUCCUACUCUUCGUCCAGGAUUACAUGAAUUAUUUAUUCAAUUAGACAAAUUACAUAAAGAUAAUCCUGUCGAACUGGCUCAACCAAUGAAGAAAAAUCACAUCGAAAUGGAAAGCACAGAUGCCCAAUCCGAAAUAAUUGUGGUUGAGGAAAACAAUGUGCAAGACAAAGAUUUAGAACUUAAAUUUUUGG